AUGAACAUCGAUAUACCGAACUUGGUCAAGGCCGCCGUGCCGGAAUCUGAAGGACGUAAUGCUCGCAUCGUCUCAGACAACUGGAACCGCCCCGUCCAUAGAGACCAAAAUUUCCUAUCCCAGGACUUCCCGAGAUCGCGACCGAAGUUAUACAUAACGGCGGAAAGCGACGACUUUGAUCAAUUGAUGCUUGAUGAAUGGCGCGACGAGAAUUUCGAUGUCGAAUAUUUGCCAAUGGGAAGCAGCACAAAGGAGUUCCGGGGCAAGCUCCGAUCGUUGAGCAAACAGAACAUGGGACCAUGCGAGAUCUUCGGAAUCGUUGCAUUUGGCGAUGCCGCUGCCGCCUGUCUGGAGUAUUACCACGUGAUGGACAACAACCCAGAACACAAGCUCGGAUUGCUCAUCGCGUACUAUCCGUCGGCCAUUCCAGACCCUCAAGGACACUUCCCGAGCAGCAUCUCAGCUCUCGUUCAUCUCGCUGCAGGUGAGGAGAUUGGCAUUACGAAGCGAAGCCAGAUGGUAGGGAUACAAGGCAAGCGGCGCACAACCCGCAAGAAAGUGGAAAGCGGCAUGGGGACGGGCGGAAUGUUGCGUCUGGCUUACCCAACCUACACUUACGACGCCGAGUCCGGUUUUGCCGAGCACGACCUGGACGAAUACAACAAGAUUGCUGCCGAGUUAGCCUGGAGCCGGAGUUUGGCUGCAGCGAGGAAGGCAUUCAAUAAUCAUGUCGACUUAGAGCUCGUGUUGGAGCAGAACGUACAAGGCAAAUUCUUCACCCGAAACCUCAAUCAGACGCUUUCAACGUACACGUCACACAAAAGUCCUCACGUAACUCACAUCCCGACUUUGACGGGAGGUAUCGGAGAAUCAGAGCUUGAGCGUUUCUACAGCCAGUUCUUCAGCAACCCGCCUUCGAUGAAGUUGACUCUGAUUUCUCGCACUAUCGGCGUUGAUCGAGUGGUCGACGAAGUCCACGUCCGUUUCAAGCAUACCGAGGAGAUGCCAUGGAUCCUACCCGGCGUCCCAGCAACAAACAAGCGUGUCGAAGUGCUUGUGGUCAGCAUCGUGGGGCUCAGAGGAGGCAAACUAUAUCAUGAGCACGUGUACUGGGACCAAGCUAGCGUUCUCGUGCAGAUCGGACUGCUAGACCCAAAGCUGGUACCAGAAGCGGCGCGCAAGAACGGGGUGAAACGAUUACCGGUCGUCGGUAAAGACGCGGCAAGAAGGGUGUUGAGAGGUUGGGAUCCUGAUGAGGAAGGAGAAGCUGACAAUGAACUUGUGCCGGGUUGGAAUGAGAAUGACUCCGGAGAUGAGCAGGACCAAAAGGAGGUGGUCGACAACCGGGACCAAUCCAAGAAAAAGGGUUUAGGUGAAAACCUAGACGGAUCCAAAAAGGAUGCAGAUCAAAAGAAGGAUAAAGAUGGGAAGAAGAAGAAGAAGAAUGAGAAGACCAAGGAGGAUGAGAAGAAGAAUACGGGUGAGGAGAAGGAUGCAGAUGAGAACCGAGAAGGGUCUAAGGAGGAUGAAGAUACAAACCGGGAAGCAUCUGCGGAAAAGGAUACAGACGGGAAGACUGUACCCGAAAGACCGAAGUCUUCUGUAGACGAUAAUGCCACUGCCUAA